AUGGCUCUGGCUUCCUCUGUUUCACUCUCUCCACUCUCGGUGCUUCUCUUUACCUUCUUCUUCUUCUUCAUCUUCUCCACUUCCUCCUCCGCCAACCAUGAUUCUUUCUCGUUCUCUUUCCCUCUGACCUCGCUUCCCCUCUCCACAGAGAAGCCUCUCAACACGAAUCCAAAACUCAGAACCCUUUCCUCUGCUUCCGACAACAUAAAAUCGUCGUUCAAGUACUCGAUGGCUCUGGUGGUAACCCUCCCCAUAGGGACCCCUCCGCAGCAUCAACAAAUGGUGUUGGACACGGGAAGCCAACUCUCGUGGAUUCAGUGCCAUAAACCAACGGCCUCGUUUGACCCUUCGCAGUCCUCCUCCUUCUACGUCAUCUCCUGCACCCACCCUCUCUGCAAACCCCGCGUUCCCGAUUUUACGCUCCCCACAACCUGCGACCAGAACCGCCUCUGUCACUACUCUUACUUCUACGCCGAUGGCACCUACGCCGAGGGCAACCUCGUCCGAGAAAAACUAACCUUCUCUCCUUCCCAAACCACCCCUCCACUUACCCUCGGCUGCGCCACCGAAUCCAGCGAUGCCAGGGGCAUCCUCGGAAUGAACCUCGGCCGCUUGUCCUUCCCCUCGCAGGCCAAAAUCACCAAAUUCUCGUACUGCGUGCCCACCCGACGAACCCAACCGGGGAACCUCCCAACCGGCUCGUUCUACCUCGGCAACAACCCCAACUCCGCACGCUUCCGUUACGUAAACAUGUUGACCUUUGGUCAAAGUCAACGUAUGCCGAAUUUGGACCCGUUGGCCUACACCGUCCCCAUGCAGGGAAUUAGAAUCGGUGGCAAGAGGCUAAACAUUAAUCCUUCAGUUUUCCGCCCCAACGCUGGUGGGUCGGGUCAGACCAUGAUAGACUCCGGAUCCGAAUUCACGUUCCUGGUCGACGAGGCCUACGAUAGGGUGCGGGAGGAGAUAGUUAGAGUGGCGGGUCCCAGGAUUAAGAAGGGGUACGUGUACGGCGGAGUGGCGGACAUGUGUUUCGACGGUACCGGGAGGGAGACAAUCGGACAUUUGAUAGGGGACGUGGCGUUCGAGUUCGAGAAAGGCGUGGAGAUCGUGGUUCCGAAGGAGAGAGUAUUGGCUGACGUGGGCGGUGGGGUCCAGUGCGUGGGAAUCGGGAGGUCCGAGAGAUUGGGUGCGGCCAGCAACAUCAUUGGAAACUUCCAUCAGCAGAAUCUAUGGGUGGAGUUCGAUCUGGCUAAUCACAGAGUAGGAUUCGGUGAGGCCGAUUGUAGCAGAUCGUAG